AUGAGCGGCGUCGCCGCAACCUCACUCCUCGCAAAACGGCCUUGGCCAAGACCGCGCACCGCCGCCAAGAAGCACCCCAGCCACGACGCCCGGGGACAGAGCCGCGCCGUUGUCGAUGCCGCCAUGCCGCCGGUCAAGCCGGACACUUUGUCGGCAUCGAAGAACUCGCCACCGAACUCGAGCAAGAGCCUCACCUCGGCCCUCGCGGACAGAAGAUGGACCGCGCAGCCGUACUGCCGAGGACCGCCGGAUCUGGGCCCACCUGGCCCAGGUCUGGCACCAGCGGCGGUGCAACCUGGGAGGAGCCCCACCGGCGCUGGCCACCUCCACGGCCCUCCUGGCCCUAGACGCGACCCUCCUGGCCCAGAUCGGACCCGCCUGGCCCAAACCCAGGCCGCCGUCGCCAGCAGUCUCCUCCGUUGUCGCCCUCCGCCGCCGCCCGUGGCCAUACGUUGUGCCAGCCCGCACCUCCACCGAGAACAGCCGCCGCCAAGCUUCGCCGUCGCCGCCGGACCGAGCUCCACAAGCCCCUAG